AUGGCUUUGAAACGCGAAUUAUCACCUUCCCCUUCUCCUUUGGGUGAGACUCAGACAGCGGGUGAAAACAAAUCAUCUAAAGGUGAACCUAGUGCGGAAAAAUCCGAACCUCCCAAAAUUAAGAAGCGAAAAACGAAACUCAAGCAAGAAAAGCGAGCUCAAGCUACCGAAAAUUGCGAUGGCAGAGGCAAGAAAGGAGUUUGGACUGAAGAGCAGGAUACCGCUCUCCAUGCCCUGAUUACCAAGGACCAAGGCGGUAAUGAAGUCAAGGCCGCCUGGAAUGAAAUAUACGAGGGAUUUGCGAAACUCUUCCCAGAAAAUGGAAAAACGCUGAAUAGCUUACAGAUGAGGUGGAAGACAAAGAUUCGAGCUGGUGAUACCGAUCUUACUAUCUCUGAGAAGCUCUUAUUUAAGCAAGCCGUUGCUAAUAUCGACGGAACAGAACGAGCUCUUGCUUAUGCUUGGCGCUUCAAAGAACUCGGUGGUAGGGAUUUGAACAAGAGCGCGGCUAGCAAACUUCAUAAAAUGCUUAAAUCGAAUCAACUAGAUCUCAACCUGGAAGAUUGA